UGGCGCGCCCGCCCCCGGCCCGCCCCGCCCGCGCCGCCGCUGUCACUCGCCGCCCGGCUCCGGUGCGGACUCCCCUGCAGCGGCAGAACAAGCUCUCACAUUUUCCUUGGUCCAGUUUUCUCACCUGGCUUUGGAGCUGUCUAAGGUAACUUGGCUGAGAGACGGUGGAGCAGCGUCAGGACAUGAUGGAGGAUCACGCAGCUACCCAGGAGAAGCACAUCCCAUCAGGCUAUCCCCUUCAGAUACCAGUCGAUGAUGGAUCGGAUGAGCCUGUUUCUGAAACAUCUGACGCUAAGAGCACCCCAACUACGGAAGAUGCCACAGCACCUUUAGUGGAGGAAGGAGACCACGAGGAUCAGGGUGGUGUGGAACAGCACGGGGAGAUCCCAGAAGGAACCACAGCUGAAGAAGCAGGGGUAGGAGCCACCCCCAACCUGGAGGACCACGCUGCAGGAGAUGCCACUCAAGGGGAGCCAAGCUCUCCAAAGCCACAGCCUGGCCCUCAGGAGCCUGUGGGAGGUGCGACGAAAAGAGAAAGCCAGCCCACGAAGCUGGCAGCUGGGCUUCCUCAGCAGCCUCUUCUGGCACAUGAAACAAAGGCUACCACAGCAGCUCCCACCCGGAUCGAGGUCACCAUCCCAAUCCCCCUGGAUAUGUACCAAGGCUCCAGAGCAGCUGAAGGCAGCAGUGAGUUGUGGGAUCGUCGAGGCAGAGAAGGCAUCGGCGUGGAUCCGGCGCUGGGUCGCGGUGUGCACACCGGGGGGCUGGCAGGAGCAGGGGACACAGGGGACACCCAGGUGAAAGGUGAGCCCUCUCCUUUGUGUGCCAGAGCUCCCUUAAAAGAAGAUGUCAGUGGCCAGGAGAGAGAUGAGGAUCGUGAUGUUGAUGAAGCUUCUGAGCAGAACUUGCUUGCCCCGGUGGGUCAGGUUGGUUCACCAGGACCUGGAGUGGGCUCGAGUCCAGCAACAGCCACGGAAGCUCUUGAAGAGCAUGGCUUUGGAGAAGACAAGUCCAAAGAUGUCCUCAGAGACAUCCCAAGAGAGGGUGAAACCGACUCACAUAAGGUGGGAGAGGACCAAAAGGAGAGGAGACAGCUCCUGAGCGGGGAGGAAGAUACAGAGGUUACCCCAUCAGAGCCUUCUGAAGUCAUCUCCCAGCCAGAAGCAGAGCCAAGGGAGGGGGAAGAUUCUGCACCCUUGCAAGAAACAGCUGCUGAGCUAAAAGGUGAUGCUGCAGGCCAAGAUGCUGCUUUGGAAGAGGCUGUGCCAGACACAGGAGAACGUCAGACCCCCAAGAAGAAGCCCUCUGCCCACGCUGCAGCUAAAGCUGCCAGCCGUGUCCCUCUGCUGCAAGGACGUGUUGACAAGGAAGGGACUGAAGCUGAGGAAAAGAAACCCAAGGAGAUGAGAGGUGGCACCAAGGCAGGCACCCCGCGGAACGCAGCCGGGCAGAGGAACUCCACCAAUGCCACACGCAUCCCAGCAAAGACCCCCACGGCCCCCAAGACACCUCCCAGCUCUGGCAGAAAGGAGCAGAAAAAACCACCUCCUGCAGCAGCCAAGUCCGAGAAAGGUGAGCAGCCCAAGUCCGGAGACAGAAGCGGUUACAGCAGUCCCGGCUCCCCCGGGACUCCAGGCAGCCGUUCCCGCACCCCCUCUCUGCCCACCCCACCAGCCAGGGAGCCCAAGAAGGUGGCAGUGGUUCGCACCCCACCCAAAUCUCCUGCCUCCGCCAAGACUCGCGUCCAGCCCUCGGCCGCGCCCAUGCCCGACCUGAAAAACGUCAAGUCCAAAAUCGGCUCCACCGAGAACCUGAAGCACCAGCCCGGAGGUGGCAAGGUGCAGAUAAUUAAUAAGAAGCUGGACUUUAGCAGCGUUCAAUCCAAGUGUGGCUCAAAGGAUAAUAUCAAACACAUCCCAGGAGGAGGCAGUGUGCAGAUAAUUAAUAAGAAGCUGGACUUUAGCAGCGUUCAAUCCAGGUGUGGCUCAAAGGAUAAUAUCAAACACAUCCCAGGAGGAGGCAGUGUCCAAAUCGUUUACAAGCCAGUCGACCUGAGCCACGUCACAUCCAAGUGUGGCUCCCUGGGCAACAUCCACCACAAACCAGGUGGUGGCCAGGUGGAGGUGAAAUCUGAGAAACUGGACUUCAAAGAUAAGGUGCAGUCGAAAAUUGGGUCCUUAGAUAACAUCAGCCACGUCCCUGGAGGAGGAAACAAAAAGAUUGAGACUCACAAGCUGACCUUCCGCGAGAACGCCAAAGCCAAGACCGACCACGGCGCCGAGAUCGUCUACAAGUCCCCGACCAUCUCCGGAGACGCCUCCCCACGCCGCCUUAGCAACGUCUCCUCCACCGGCAGCAUCAACAUGGUGGACUCCCCCCAGCUGGCCACGCUAGCCGACGAAGUGUCUGCUUCGCUGGCCAAGCAGGGCUUGUGAUCGGGGCACGGCGGGGCCGAGAGGAGAGAGAAGAUGAGGGAAACGAAAACAAAAACAAA